AUGGCACAGACUGAUCAGCAGGCCAAGCCUUUAGCUCCGGCCGGUUCCGCGCUGUUCCAGUUCCGCAGCGACGAAUUAGAAGCAGCUUCAGCAACCAUCAACCACCACUACAACAAUCCUAAAAUCAACAUGAACAACGUAACCCUACUUCAACUCGAGCUAGCCAACGGAUCGCUUCGAAACGACACGAACGUGAUAUUUUCAGUUGAUGUUUCGAUAAAGAAUCCUAACUAUGCUUCUUUUAAAUUCGGAAAUGGUUCAUCAACUGUCUUCUACGGUGGCCGGAAAGUUGGUGAGGCGAUAACUCCGUCUGGGACGGCCAAGGCCAGGCGUACUACUCAUAUGAAUGUGACAGUUAAUCUGGUUCCGGAGAAAAUGUUGGAAGUUCCGAGAUUGUUGGAAGAUGUAAGAUUAGGGCAACUAAGUAUGAACAGCAGUACAGUGAUUAGUGGUAAGGUGAAAAUAGUAAAUAUUGUUAAGAAAUAUUAUGUUGUGGAAGUAAAUUGUAGUGUAACGUAUGAUUUCUCAACCCUAGAGAUUCAACAGCAUUGCAGUCCACAUUUCCUUUGA